AUGAUGUUACGGCCAGCCACUCCGCUAUCGGUUCUGCUCCUCACUGCGUUCGUUCUAUUGCUGCUCUCGGUGUUGUCAACACCCGUUGUCAAGUCAAUCCCCCUUGCUGGCGUUGAUAAUAUCAAAUUUGGGAUUUUUGGGUAUUGCGUGGGCAAUAAUUGCACGCCCAUCCGCGUGGGGUAUUCUUCAAAUGGCCCAUUUGGCGAUCUCUCCCGAGAUUCCGACUUCAGCCUCCCGUCAAGCGUCCGCCACUCAUUAUCUUCCCUCCUGAUCGUUCACCCAGUUGCUGCAUUCCUCACCCUCACUUGCUUCGGGUUGGCGGCUGCAGCCCAUUUCCACUCCCCAUCUCAUUCACCUCGAUAUCUUCUUGGUCUCCUCAUCCUUCUACUCCCCACGCUACUGGUAUCACUGCUCGCAUUCCUCGUUGAUAUACUCCUGUUUGUUCCUCAUCUAGAAUGGGGUGGAUGGAUUGUUCUCGCUGCAACUAUCAUGAUUACGGCAAGUGGAGUACUCACUUGUGCUAUGCGACGGACCCUCGUGAGCCGAAAAGCUAGGAAACGACGGAUUGCAGAAAAUGCAGAAAUGAGCGGAGAAAACUUUUAUAACCGUCAAAAUGCUAUAAAACCGGACCCUCCUGCUCCAGUAAAGGACCAAACUGGGAUUGCUUUUAGUAACAGCACUUCCCCAGACUCUCUUCCAACAUUCGCUCUCUUUGAAGCCAGUUCAAGAUCACCCGAUGAUGACCGGCAGCCUUUGAACUCUGUCACCCCAAGCAGCGUAACCCCAGAUGGCUCCUUCAACUUCCGUUCUCUAGAUAAUAGACGUAGCCUCGCUGGACAUGAAGGCCGGCCGUACAACCCUCCCGUGGACGAAUAUGGCAAUAUCCUUCCACCUGGAGUUGCAGUUUCUGGACCACCCUAUUUGCGAGGACCCAGACCAGAUGCUAGACCGCGAAAUCAAUUUUCGAACAGUGGUAUGGGGUUCCAACGGGGCCGUGGGCCUAGUUAUGGUCCCCCACGCGGGAGGGGAGGAUACUCAAUGCGAGGUCGAGGAAGUCCGUACAAUGGCCCGAGCAAUGGCCCGAGAAGACCAUCUCCCCAUGGAGGCUAUGGUAUGGGCAGCAGAGGUGGACCAAUGGGCCCGGGAAUGAUGGGUCGGGGCCGAGGACCGCCUCCAGGUUACCCACCAGCUGUGCCCGGAGACGGGUACAGCCCAUACGGCCCCGGCCCUACCAACCAGCAUGGAUAUGGAAACAUGGGCGGCCGUGUCCACUGCUCCUACGGUGGCCCACGGGGCCCAUCUCCUGUGCCACCCGAAUCUACUUCUAGCAUUGAGAUGAAACCUGCGUUGGGCAAUGCUCCUGUAUCUGGCCCAGGAUGUGAGCCUCAAAAUUUGGCUGACGACUCUGGGGCUCGCGGGGUUGUUGGAUUCCAACCAGAUCAACACUCUAACUUGCACAAUCCUCAAAAUCCAGAGAGCAUGUACAGCGAACAAGAGGUCUAUGUCCCACCGCGAGCGGCUUGGGAGGAAUCCUUCCGGGAGCCAACCCUCCCAGUAAUUGAACCAGAUAAAUCUUCCAGCCCGCACACUGGGCAAAGACCAAGCUCAGGAGGUCUGGAUAUUGAUUUAAGAGAUAAUACGCAAUCCCCAAUCGCCCGCUCCAACUCAAGGGACAACUACUAUGAAGAUUUGGAUCCUCGUUUUGCGGAGCCAGUGGAGUUGCCACAGGCACUAACCCCUGGCCAACCUGGUGAGCUCCAGCCGCGUACUUCCUUCGAUGAUUUGACUGAGGGUGCUCGCUCACCUGCUGCCAGCGAAACCAGCCACUUCACCUCCAUUUCCCAGCGCGGGGUAAACCCCAAGUGGAGCCCUGCGGAGGUGGAGAGUAAACACGAGCAGCAAAGGCGGCAGGAUAUGCUGCUGGGCAAUAAUCCUGACUUCGAACUUCCAGUUGGCAGAGGCCGUGGCGGUGCAGCAGGUAGAAGGAUGCCACCGGCACAGACUCUGCCGCCUGUGCCAAGCAUGCCGUCGAUGCUCUCGACCGUACCCAAUGACGGGGGCAGAUAUCCUCCACCCCAGUGA